AUGCAGCGGGAGCGGGAUCGGGAGCGGGAGCGGGAGCGGAGAAGGGCUCCCCAGGACUACCGGAAUGUGCCCAUCGACAUCCAGACCAGCAAGCUUCUGGACUGGCUGCUGGACCGGCGGCACUGCGGGCGGCGCUGGCCCGCGCAGGUGGCGCAGGUGCGGGAGCGGAUCCGGGCGGCGCUGCAGGACAUGCCCGAGCACCCCGAGAUCCGAGAGCUGCUCCAGGGCUCCUACCUGCACUAUUUCCACUGCCUGCGCAUCGUGGAGAUCCUCAAGGGCACCGAGGCCUCCACCAAGAACCUCUUUGGGCGCUACUCGUCCCAGAGGAUGAAGGACUGGCAGGAGAUCGUGUCCCUCUAUGAGAAGGACAACGCCUACCUGGCCGAGCUCUCCAGCCUGCUGGGGCGCAGCAUCAGCUACGAGCUGCCGGCAAUGCGGAGGCAGCGGGCCCGGUGGCUGCAGGCGCAGCAGGAGCUGGCGCGGCGCGAGGACGAGUGCCAGGCGCGGGCAGGGGAGCUCCGCGAGCGUUUCCUGGGCUCCUGCCGCCAGUACGGCAUCGCCGGCGAGGACGUGCGCCGGGAGCUGCUGGCCCAGGUGCAGGCGCUGCCGUCGCUGCUGUCCCGCGUUGGGGACGGCGCCAGCGCCCUCGGGGACGCCAUCGAGCUGUACCAGGCCUGCGUGGGCUUCGUGUGCGACAGCCCCGGUGCGGAGGCGCUGCCGCUGCUCCGGCACGUGGUGGCCCACGGGAACUCGUCCGUGUUCCGCUGGCGCACGGGGCAGGAGCCGCUGCGGCUGGAGCGGCCCGAGGCGGCUCCGCAGGCCCCGGAGCCGCCCCCGCAGGACACGAUCGACUGGGGGGAUUUCCCCACGGAGCCGCCCCAGGGUGGGGACAUCGACUGGGGCAUCACGGUGGAGCCCAGCGCCCAGGGGGAGGAUGGCAUCGACUGGGGCGAUGGAGAGAAGGGACAGGAGGGGACAAUCACUGUAGAGCUCAGUGCCCAGGGGGAGGAUGGCAUUGACUGGGGUGACGGAGAGAAGGGGACAAUCACAGCAGAGCCCCAGGGGGACGGUGCCAUCGACUGGGGUGACACAGGGGGACAGGAGGGGACGAUCACGGUGGUGGAGGCUGGAACGGAGGCCCCCGAGGGCGUUGCCCGUGGCUCGGACGCGCUGACCCUGCUGGAGAACCCCGAGACUCGGAACCAGUUCAUCGACGAGCUCAUGGAGCUGGAGCUGUUCCUGGCGCAGCGGCUGCUGGAGCUCGAGGACGCGGCGCCGGACGUGGUGGCCCUGAGCCAGUUCCAGGCGGCGCCGGCCGUGCUGCAGGGCCAGAGCCCCGAGCGCCUGCGGGCCCAGCUGGCCACGGCCCGGGAGCUGCUGGGGCAGCUGUGCUCGCGCAGCGUGCAGCACCUCUGCAUGAUCCUCGCCUCGCCCAGGUACGUGGAGCGCGUCACGGCCCUGCUGCGGCAGCAGAGUCUCCAGGCCGAGCUGCUGCUGGCCAAGCGGGAGGCGCUGGGGCGGCGGCGCCGCCAGGCCCUGGCCGAGCAGGGAGCGCUGGAGCCGCGGCUGCAGCAGCUGCAGGAGAGAGCCAGGGAGCUGCAGAGGCUGAUCGAGGCCGACAUCUCCAAACGCUACGGGGGGCGCCCGGUGAACCUGAUGGGCGUCAACGUGUGACACCUGAGAGACACCUGGCUGUGACACCUGGGGGACAUCAACCCCUGGCCCCAGAGGGACACCAGCCUGUGACCCCUAAGGGACACCAGUGUGUGACCCCUGAUCAGCCCGAGGCCCCUGAAGGACACGGGGGUCCCUCCCAGCCCCUCGGCCCACCUGGGGGUGCUUUGGGAUUUGGGGCUGUCGGUGAAUAAACCCAAA